GUUGCCAUAAGGACUGGUCAGGUUUCCAUCUAUUUUUCCUUGGACGAGUGGGACUAUAUAAAAGGAAACAAGGACCUUUAUGAGGAUGGGAUAAAGGAGGAGCCUCAGCAGCUCCGCCCACUGGACCGUGACUAUGAAGGCCAGACAGAUAUAACCACUGAACUGGAAGGAGCAUUAUGCUGUAAUAAUACCACAAGCAAUAUUGGGGCUGAAGGAGCAGAUGUUUGUGCUGAAGGAAAUCUCACAAGCUCUGAAUCUUCUCCAGUGAAACAGCCGCCACCAGCCAAUCAGAUUAAAGAGGAAGCAGCUUCAUGGGAAGAGGGAAACCAAUCAGGUUGCAGCAUUAAAUUACUUAAAAAACCGAUAAAGGGAACAGAUACACCUACUCCUAUCAUGGGAUGCAGCCUGAAUAACAGCUUGUCAGCUAAUUAUGUAUCAAAUGGGAUUAAAGAGGAAGUGGUUUCAUGGGAAGAGAGUAACCAAUCAGAUUGCAGCAUUAAUCCACUUACAGAACAGAUACAGGGAAGAGAUACACCUACUCCUAUCAUGGGAUCCAGCCUGAAUAACAGCUUGUCUGAUAAUUAUAUAUCAAAUGUUAUUAAAGAGGAAGCAGUUUCCUGUGAGAGGGGAAACCAUUCACUUGCAGUACAGUUACUGGAAAGAGAGAAAUCUCCUCCUGCCAUGGAAUACAACCAUGUGAUAACAACGAAGUAUAGAAAAGACCUAAUUAAAUCCAUUUACGAGCCCCUUCAGGAAACAUUCACCGUACCGGAGAUCUGUAACUGUGCUGAGUGCUGUGUAUUGGACAGCAAUAGCCAAGAUCUUGUUACACAUCAGCCGAUUCACACGGGAGACAACCCGUUUCAUUGUAACGACUGUGGGAAAUGUUUUAAACGUCGCUCGUAUCUUAAAGUGCAUCAGAAGAUUCACACUGGAGAAAAACCGUAUUCGUGCUCUGACUGUGGGAAAUGUUUCACUCACCGUUCGUACCUGAGUGUCCAUCAGAAAAUCCACACGGGGGAGCGGCCGUACUCGUGCCACGAUUGUGGGAAAUCUUUCACCGACCGCUCGAGCCUCAAUGUCCAUAUAAGAAUUCACACGGGAGAGAAAACACACCCCUGUCCCGACUGCGGCAAGUGUUUUACACGGCGCUCAAACCUCAACGUCCAUCUGAAAAUUCACACCGGGGAGAAACCAUUUGUCUGCUCUGAGUGUGGGAAAUGUUUUGCUCAUCGCUCCAACCUGAAAGUACACAGAAGGAUUCACACCGGGGAGAAAGCUCACUCGUGCCCCGUGUGUGAGAGGAGCUUCACUGUACGCUCCACUCUCACUAUGCAUCAGAGAACUCACACACGGGAGAAACCAUUUGCUCGUCGAAGGGAACGCUUUAAACGCUGCUCGGACCUUAAUGUGCAUCACUAAUUGGUACUUUGCUUCAGACACGGGGAGGCACAUUGAUCAAGGGUCGAAUUUGAAUUCAUGUGAGUUGUUUAAAACUCCCAUAAACCCGAAAUUCGACCAAUCGAAAUGUAUUAAU